AUGUUGGGCCUGGCAAGGCGGAUGCUGAGCGCGGUCAGUGGUGAGGAGAAGCCGAGCUCUUCAUCCGCCGAUCAAUCCGAACAAUCUGAGCUGGCUGGACCAAAGCUGCCAGUGGCCUCUCGGCACCUAAGAUUCGAAGCUGGGGCCCAAAGCUCGGAGAACGACAAGGUCUCUGAGCCUCCGGGCCUGGCGUCCCCCACCUCCCCUGCGACAGGCGCAGAGACGCCUGGAUCGAGACAGCAUGGCGAGGGAGAGUGCAAUCCAUGUGCGUGGUACUGGAAGCCCCAAGGCUGCCUGCGAGGACAAGAAUGUGGGUAUUGUCAUCUUUGCCCUGAAGGUGAAGUGAAACUCAGGAAGAAGGCCAAGUUAGCUGCUAUGCGAGGUGGCUCCAGCCCAACCUCCCCUUCCCCAUGGAGCGCUUCGUCGGCGGCUAAGCUGCGAAAGGAAGACUCCGAGGCUGAGGUAGCCGAUCGGCAACCAACUCCGUCCGUAGGAUCGGCCCUGCAUGGCACUGGAGAGUGUAAGCCUUGCGCGUGGUUCUGGAAGCCGAAGGGCUGUCAGAAUGGCGCAGAGUGUCGUCAUUGCCACCUGUGCCCACUAGGUGAGAUCCGCCAGCGGAAGAAGUCCAAGGACAAGCAGGCCAAGGAUCAAGAAGAGGCAGAUAUCAGUUGGAACCUCCCGAUGUCCGUGCCAUUGGAGCCGCUGAAAGUGGAGAUUUCUGAAGCACAUGUGCUGGAUCUGCCAGAUAUCCCUGGGGACCUGCAGGAGCCGCAAAAGGUGGCACCAUCACCUACAUCUGCUCUGGGAGACUCCAUGCCCGCCUUCCAGCCGCCACCGGGCCUAGCGCCCAGUCCGGCUGUGGCAUCUGUUAGUUCGGCGGAAACCCCGGUGCGGCUGAAGGUAGGAUUGGAGGACAAUUCCACUCCCAUGGCUUUGAGUCUCUCAGAGAUGCUCAGUCCAGAUGGCUCUGGUGAGGAUGGCGUCACGCCUCUUAGGCUUUCGGACUACAUUUCGGAUCCAUUCAUGCCAAGCCUGCUUUUAGAAGGAGGCGUGGAGCAGGAGACUCCGGCGCGUUCCAAGGUGAAAAUUGAGGGCGGCUAUCUGGAGAAGCCUGAGGACACCUCCACGCCUAUGGCUCUUAGUUUGUCAGAAAUGCUGAGCCCCGAAGGCUCUGAAGAGGAUGGCGUCACCCCGCUCAGGCUUUCCGACUACAUCCCAGAGCCGUACAUGUUCGACUUGCCUAUAGGAGGUGUGGAGCAGGAGGCCCGCGUAUUUCCAUCUGAAGGGUCUCGUCUCCACGGAACUGGGCUCUGCAGGCCUUGUGCCUGGUUCUGGAAGCCGAAGGGAUGCGAAAAUGGCGAAGAAUGUCGCCAUUGCCACCUCUGUCCUCAGGAGGAAAUCAAGAACCGCCGCAAGGCGAAGCACAUGAUGAUGCAGUGCGACCAGUCCAUGGCAUCUAGUUGGAACACGAUGAUGUGGGCAGCGCCCGCAAUGCCAGUAGCCAUGGUCGACUAUUCUAAGUUCAACGCCAUUGAAGACAGCGAUGAAGAGCCAAUCUGGCAAACAGAGGCGGCUCAGAAGUACCAAGGCUUGUCGCAGAAGGUGCUUUCGGAACUUGAUGCUGGCGUCUCGCGCCUCCAGCAGCGUGAGAGGCACUGCCAUUGUUUUUUCGAUUUCUCCGUGGACACAUCCCACCUCAAAUGCUACGAGCAGGAGAUGCAGGAUGCCGGUGCAAAGAUCCCCGAGAGCCGAUAUUUAGGAAGGGUAGUCAUUGAGUUGGACCAGGUUGCUCACGCACCAAAGCUUUGCGAGAACUUCCGACUUCUUUGCACCGGAGAGCGGGGCCAGGGUGUAGGUGGAAAGCGGCUUUGCUACCAGGGGCGCCCCCUGGAUUACAUCCUGCCGAAGUACUGCGUGCAGGCGUCCAUUCCCAACGAGUACUCUUGUUGGGGGUCAUACUUACCCGACGAGAGGCUGGUGCUUCCAGACACUUCGUUUGACCGGCCCGGCUUGGUGGCAGUAGGCAACCACGGUCCCAACACGAACAGCUGUACCUUCAUGAUCACGCUGAAUGAAGCUGACCACUUGGAUGGUUUCAACCAGAUUAUUGGCCGCGUGGUUCGUGGAAUGGAGGUGCUUCGCCUCAUCGAAGGCUUACCGACAGAUCGGAAGACUGCAGCUUAUGCUGAACGCAACGUCAAGACGCACUGGGGAGGUCGACCCAUGGCCGAUGUAAUCAUCGAAAGCUGCGGUGAGAUCACAGAGGAGCAGAUUUCAGUGCCGAAGCCAGAGGAUGGUGAUGCUUUCCCUGCCCAUCCGGAAGAUUUCUCCAUCCGGAGCGACCCGCCCGAGCUGAUGUUCGCCCAGGAGCGUCUUCGUGAGAUUGGCAACGAGCACUUUCGGAACAAUCAAUACAAGCAGGCCCUGGAGAAGUACAACAAGGCUCUGGCAUACUUGCAGCCCUUGCUGAAGAAGCAGCACCUCAAGGAGUUUGCCGACCAAGAGGCCUCGACGAUGCUGGCUGGUGGCGUCCGUCCAAAAGAUCGCACGGAGCCCGUCAAGGCGGAGGCGACCUUGAAGUUGAAUGUUUGCCAAGUGCUCAUUGCCAUGGGCGAGUGGCUGGCUGCAAUAGCAAUGGCUGACGAAGUCUUGAUUGGUCUGGUGGGCAAGCACUCUCAGAAGGGCAUGGGCGCGCUGCCCAAUGACGCGCUCGUCGUGAAGGCACUCUUCCGACGAGCGAAGGCUCGCAUUGGCCUGUCUGACGUCAGUGGAGAGAUCUCCCAGUUGGAAGAAGCCGUGGAGGAGCACUUGACAAGUUCAGAUGAGACUCUUUCAGUGGUCUUGGACACUUCAGCGGAGUGGUCAUGUUGUGUGGGUGUUCUGGCUGUUCAGCUGCUGCAUGGCCAAAGCGAGAAGGGCGUUGCGGUGGUGGCAGCUGCCACAACUGUCGGGGUGGUGCUGCCCUCUUUGAAUCCAGAAGCUCAAAAGUCGGCCAUGUGCCUCUCAGAGAGCACGGCCUUUGUUGCGGCACCAAGCACCUCGACAGGUGCAUCACCAGCCCCGGCGGCCCCGGUUCUGGGCGCUGGCGCUUCGCUGGGCCUUGCCUUGGUGUUAGCUGGCCGUGUGGUUGUCUUGCGCAUGCAUGCAGUAGAUGGAACAAGAGGGUCCUCGCAGUUGAAGGCAGUUGCACUGCGUGCCAUGUUCGAGCGCUUUUCCCCUGGCUCCAUGAAGGCUGUAAUGCUGGCACAGGCGGAAUCUCGAAAGCUUGGUCACGAUUACGUGGGCACCGAGAUGCUUGUCGUGGGUAUCCUUGCUGAGGGCAAUGAGAAGGGGUGCAGGGCCUUGGAGGCAGCCGGCAUCUCCUUGCAAGAGGCCCGAGGCAAACUCCACGACAUGGUUGGCACUGGCACAGGCGGCAAGAAUGUGGAGAUUCCGCUCACGCAAGACGCGACGAAGGUCCUGGAAGAGGCACUACAGGUAGCAAAAUUGGAGGAUUGCGCCAUGGUCAGCUCUGAACAUGUUCUCAAAGCUCUGAUGGCGCAGGACGAAAGCUUGGGCACAAAGCUGAUUGGGCACAUGCUGGGCUGCGAGAGCGCCGAGGAGACUCGAAAGAAGGUCUUCGCGAAGCUCGACGCACAGGCAGCGCCAUCGGUCCCAAUCACUGCGGCAGCGCUGGAGGUCUCUGCCCCCAAGGAAGAUGAGCCCGAGCUGCGCCUGACGGAAACCUUGAGGUUUGCAGAGGACCUCACAAGGGCUGCAGAGGAGGGCCGCUUGGAUCCCUUGGUUGGCCGUGAGGUCCAGCUGGAGCGGACCAUCAGGAUCCUCGGGCGCCGGUCCAAGAACAAUCCCGUCUUCGUGGGUGAAGCAGGAGUGGGCAAAACCUCUAUCGCCUGUGGCCUUGCACAGAGAAUCGUGCAGGGUCGAGUGCCUCCCACGCUUCGCAACAAGCGGGUCCUGAGCCUGGACCUGGCACUUCUCCUCGCUGGCACAAGGUACCGCGGUGACUUUGAAGAGCGCUUGCGGGCUGUGGUGAAGGAAGUGUCGGAGAGCAAUCGGCGGGUGAUCCUUGUCAUUGAUGAGGUCCACACGCUGGUCGGCGCUGGCAGCAGCGGAGGAGAAGGAGGCGGCAUGGAUGCAGCCAACCUCCUCAAACCUGCCCUGGCCAGGGGGGAACUGCAAUGCAUUGGGGCCACUACUCUCGACGAGUACCGGCAGUACAUUGAGAAGGACCCAGCGCUUGAGCGGCGCUUUCAGCCAGUCCUCGUGCCUGAGCCGACAGAGGACGAAACCGAGCAAAUCUUGCUCGGCUUGGCACCGAAGUAUGAACGCCACCACCAGCUCAGAUACGAGCCAGAGAGCAUCCGAGCCGCGGUGCGUCUGGCAGCGCAAUAUAUAAAUGAUCGGUUCUUGCCCGACAAGGCCAUCGACGUGAUGGAUGAAGCGGGUGCCAAAGUCAGACAGCAACUGUUCCUCGAGGCGGAGCGCGAAGAGGAGAUGGCCGAGCGGCGGAAGCUUGAAGAGGAGCUGGAGGCUGUAAAGGAGCAGAAGGGUGUUGCCGUCUCUAAGGAGGAGUUUCAGGAGGCCCAGCGGCUGAAGAACCGCCAGGAAGAGAUCGAACUUCGUCUCCAGGCGCUUCUGGAGAAACCCGUGCAGAGCUGCACCACACCAGCCAAAGGUGCUGACGUGGAAGAGCAGCUGCGGCUUCUUCGUGCCCGUGUGGAGGAAGCGGUCGCUGCCGAAAGGUUUGACGAAGCCUCGGAACUGAAAGCCAAAGAGCGUGAGGUCCUGGGGUCCAACACCGCAGAGGCUGAGGCGUGGGUCACCGAGUCGGACGUGGCACAGGUGGUGGCCGGUUGGACGGGCAUCGCCGUGGAACAAGUCUCGGCCACGGAAUCUGCGCGGCUUAUGCGCCUCGAGCAGGAGCUCGCGCAAAGCGUUGUUGGCCAGUCAGAGGCCGUCAGCAGUGCCUCCCGCGCCCUUCGCCGGGCACGAGCAGGUCUUCGCAAUCCCUCGCGACCGAUUGCAGCCCUGAUGUUCUGUGGUCCGACCGGAGUUGGGAAGACAGCCCUGUGCAAGACCCUGGCUUCCUGCUUCUUUGGGUCCGAAGAUUCCAUGAUCCGCUUGGACAUGAGUGAGUUCAUGGAGAAACACACGGUGUCAAAGUUGAUUGGAGCGCCUCCAGGGUAUGUUGGCUAUGGAGAGGGCGGGACACUCACCGAGUCGGUUCGCCGGAGACCAUACUCUCUAGUCCUUUUCGACGAAGUGGAGAAGGCUCAUCCAGAUGUCUUCAACACUCUGCUGCAGCUCUUGGAUGAUGGGCGUUUGACGGACUCCAAGGGCAGAGUCGUGUCCUUCAGCAACACGCUUGUCGUCAUGACCUCCAACAUCGG